AUGUGUGCUCAGGAAACUUCCUUCCAACCCUCCCUGUUCCUACUUCUGGUGGGGGUCCCGGUGGCCAGUGUCCUCCUUCUGGUCCAGUGCCUUCGAUGGCACUGUCCUCGAUGGCUGAUGGGGGCCUGCUGGAAGCCAGAUGUCCAAGAGGAGCCAGGAUCCCAGCCCACCCCCCUGCCAGCAGAUGAGGCCCCUAGGCAGUGCCCACCAACUACUCUGCCAGAGAUGGCCGCCUUCUACCAGGAACUGCACACACCUACCCAAGGCCAGACCGUCGUGCGCCAGCUGAUGCACAAACUGCUGGUGUUUUCCGCUCGAGAGGUGGAUCACCGCGGUGGCUGCCUGAUGCUCCAGGAUACCGGCAUCUCCCUGCUCAUCCCUCCAGGUGCUGUGGCCGUGGGCCGCCAGGAGCGGGUGUCCUUGGUCCUGGUGUGGGACCUGUCGGAUGCCCCGUCGCUGUCCCAGAGCCAGGGGCUGGUGAGCCCUGUGGUGGCCUGUGGGCCCCACGGGGCCUCCUUCCUGAAGCCGUGCCUGCUCACUUUCAAACACUGUGCCCAGCAGCCCGGCCACGCCCGCGCCUACAGCAGCAACACCACCCUGCUCGAUGCCAAGGCCUGGAAGCCGCUGGGCCAGCCGGGGGCCUACACCUCCCGGGACGAGUGUCGCAUCCACCUGUCCCACUUCAGUCUCUACACCUGCGUGCUGGAGGCACCCAUGGGGCAGGCUGCCCACAAGUGGCUGCAGUUGGCUAUCUUCUGCUCGCCGCUGGCGCCAGGGCAGACGCACCUGCAGCUGCGGGUCUACUUCCUCAACAACACGCCCUGUGCCCUGCAGUGGGCCGUGGCCAACGAGCAGCCUCAUGGCGGGCGCCUGCGUGGGCCCUGCCAGCUCUUCGACUUCACCGGGGCCAGGGGUGACCAGUGCCUGAAGCUCAAGUACAUCUCUGAGGGUUGGGAGAAUGUUGACGACAGCAGCUGCCAGCUGGUCCCCCAUCUCCACAUCUGGCAUGGAAAGUGCCCCUUCCGCUCCUUCUGCUUCCGGAGAAAAGCAGCCAAUGAGAGUGAGGACUGCUCGGCACUAACCAAUGAGAUCAUCGUCACCAUGCACACCUUCCAAGAUGGCUUGGAGACCAAGUACAUGGAGAUCCUCAGGUUCCAGGUGUCUGAGGAGGAAUCCUGGGCAGCACCACCCCCUGUCUCCCAGUCGCCCCCAUGCAACAGGCUGCCCCCAGAGCUCUUUGAGCAGCUGCAGAUGUUGCUGGAGCCCAACAGCAUCACGGGCAACGACUGGCGCCGGCUGGCCUCCCACCUGGGGCUCUGUGGCAUGAAAAUCCGGUUCCUGUCCUGCCAGCGCAGCCCGGCCGCGGCCAUCCUGGAGCUGUUCGAGGAGCAGAACGGCAGCCUGCAGGAGCUGCACUACCUCAUGACGGUCAUGGAGCGGCUGGACUGCGCCUCCGCCAUCCAGAACUACCUGAGCGAGUCGCGAGGCAGCAGCCCAGCCUCGGCCCGCGGGGGCGCCCAGGACAACCAGGGCCUGGAGCUGGACGAGAAGCUCUGA